AUGGCCUUCCUUUGCGGUUCUUCGUCGACUUCCAGCAAGGCAAUUGAAAGGAAGAUCGUUAUCUUAGGUGAUGGUGCCUGUGGUAAGACUUCCCUAUUGAAUGUUUUCACAAGAGGUUAUUUCCCAGAAGUUUACGAACCCACAGUUUUUGAAAAUUACAUUCAUGAUAUCUUCGUGGAUAAUAAGCAUAUCACUUUAUCGCUAUGGGAUACUGCAGGUCAGGAAGAAUUCGAUAGACUACGUUCACUUUCAUAUUCCGAUACGCAUACUAUAAUGUUAUGUUUCAGCAUAGACUCUCGUGAUUCAUUGGCUAAUGUACAACAUAAAUGGGUAGGUGAAAUCGCUGACCAUUGUGAAGGUGUCAAGUUGGUCCUUGUCGCCUUGAAAUGUGAUCUAAGGAAUAAUGAUAAUGAAAGAAGUGCCAUUACGCCGGGCGUCAUUAAACAACAAUCACAAACGGACAGCGUUAAUGACUUGCAACAACAAGAAUAUCAAAGAAAUAAUGGUAAUAAUCUAAUAAGCUAUGAAGAAGGUCUUGCCAUGGCAAAAAAAGUGGGUGCCUUACGUUAUUUAGAAUGUAGCGCUAAAUUAAAUAAAGGUGUUAAUGAAGCCUUUACGGAAGCAGCAAGAGUAGCAUUAACUGCUGGCCCACAAGUGGCGGAUAAUACCAAUGAAGACAGUGGAAGUGGAUGUAUUUUAAUGUAG